AUGAUUCGUACGCUGGGGCUGCAGAUGAAGCAGUUUGAUUAUGCAGCUCACACUGACGAUGUGGGUGUGGAAUGGCGAAAGUGGUUGCUGUCGUUCGAGACGAUGAUCCGAGCGUCCCGCAUCGAGGAUGAAGAUUGGAAAAAAGAUCUGCUGCUGCACUAUGCCGGCCCAAAUGUUCAGCAGCUCUUCGGAACGCUACCGGAGUUGCCCGGGGAAGAAAUGCGUGGGCCGUUGAUAAACAUCGAACACUACACGCCAAGUAUGACCAGCUACGAGGAAGCCUGCGCCAGACUGAAUGAGUUCUUUCUGCCCAAGGAAAACUCGACCUACGAGCGCCACAUUUUGCGGCAAAUGAAACAACGGCUCGGUGAGAGUAUUGACGCUUUUACCGUUAGACUGCGAGUUCAGGCAGAAAGGUGUGGAUUUGAUGAUCGGAUGGAGGAGCACAUCAAGGACCAAAUUAUUCAGACAAGCCAACCAGACACGCUGCGCCGAGAUUUGCUGAAGCGGGGCGACGCAAGUCUCGAAGAGAUAGUAAACGUUGUGAAGAUCUACGAAACCGUGGCGAAGCAGGACAAAUCUUUUGCGUCGGGAGAUGUUAAGCCAGCGGCAAGUGAGGUCAGCAAGAUUGAUGUUAAGCCUCCUCCGUCGGGUAACCGCAAACGAUUUCCGGAGAUAGCUUCGUCCGAGUGCCACCGUUGUGGAUUUGAAGGUCACGUGGCCAGUGAUGAGAGGUGUCCUGCCAGAGGACACAUGUGCAACAAAUGCGGUGGAAGGGACCACUUUGCGAGAAAGUGUCGAACGGCAAAGAAACCGUUCAGGCCUGGUGGAAACCGUUGGACCGGAAGUCACCCGAGAGCUUACGCCGCCAAGCAAGAUCGUUCUGAGGCGGAUUCCAGCACGGUGAAACACAUCGCUGAAAAGGACACGGAGUAUGUCUUUAACGUGACUUCAAGUAACGACGAUGGUGAGAUGCAAUGCGAAGUAGGUGGCGUUGGUAUGUGUGCGGUUAUUGACUCGGGCUCGAAGUACAACCUCCUGAGCCAAGGAGACUGGGAAAAACUCAAGGCCAAGAAGGUAGUCGUGUCGAAUCAACGCAAGGAGACGUCGAAGUCGUUCAAAGCGUACGGGGGGCAGCCUCUUCCGUUGCUGGGCGUAUUUACAGCUUCGCUCAAGAUUGGAUCCGUAACAGAACCGGCCGAGUUCUAUGUGGUGGAAGGAAACGGCAAGUUUCUUAUCGGUCGUGACACAGCUACAGCGAUGGGUGUCCUGCGAAUCGGUGUACCAGUUAACGAAGUGGACACUGAGUGCAAGCGGUUGGGCACCAUCAAAGGAAUUGUCGUAGACAUCCCGAUCAGGGCUGACGUAACUCCCGUUGUUCAACCGUACCGACGCAUACCGGUGGCGUUGGAGGCCAAAGUGGACCAGAAGAUUGACGAGCUGUUGAGCCAGGGUGUAAUCGAGCGAGUGAACGCGCCAUCAAAAUGGAUAUCUCCUGUAGUAGUGGUGCCAAAAGGCGACGACGUACGAAUCUGCAUUGACAUGCGACGAGCGAAUGAAGCUGUGGAAAGGGAGAACCACCCCCUACCGACCAUCGAAGAUUUUUUGCCACACUUGGCGAAGGCCAAGAUUUUCUCGCGACUGGACGUGAAGAACGCUUUUCAUCAGGUAGGAUUCUAA